AUGAUCUGUCCCGCUGAAACACCAGAAGGACAAGCUGUGGGACUCGUAAAAAAUCUCGCUCUUAUGGCAAAGAUAUCCGUCGGUGCUCCAACAAAAAAUAUCAAAGAUUUCCUAGAAGACUGGGGUUUAGACGGUCUUGACGAGAUAUCUCCCGAGAGCAUCAAAGAUAGAUGCAAAGUUUUCAUAAAUGGAGACUGGGCUGGUUGCUUCGAUGAGGCAGAGACCCUCUGCAACACCCUAAAAGAAAUCCGCAGAAAAGGACACAUCAGAAAUGAUACCUCCAUCGUACGAGAUAUCAUCAAUCGCGAAGUGAAGAUAUUCACUGACGCGGGGCGGGCGAUGCGGCCCCUUUACGUCGUCGAUAGUGAGACAGGCGAGCUGCGUAUUCGUAAGGGAGAUGUAGAGAAGGUGCGGGCGAUGUCGGGUACAGCUGAGAAGGGGGCGGGGUGGAACCACUUGAUGGCUAGCGGUGUAAUUGAAUACAUCGAUUGUGAAGAAGAGGAAACAUCUAUGGUUGCGAUGUUUCACAAAGAUCUCAUAGAAAAGGGAAAAUCGAUCCCAUACACACAUUGCGAGAUUCACCCUUCGUUGAUUUUGGGUACUUCACCGAAUUUCGAUGACGCUGACCCGCUGGCACCGCCGGGGGCUGAAGCUUAUUUGUCUAAGACGAAGAAAGACUGUUCUAUGUGCCUCCGCUCAUCAGAAAGCGGGGUUGUAGACACAGUUAUGUUGAGUGUGAACUCAAAGGGGUCGAGGUUCGUUAAGGUGAAGGACGGCGUCGUUCCGGAUCUGCUGAUGAACCCUCAUGCAGUGCCGUCUCGUAUGACCAUUGGUCACCUUGUCGAAUGCCUCCUAGGGAAGACGGCCGCCAUCAUCGGAGGCGAAGGCGACGCGACUCCAUUCAAUGACGUAAGCCAUAUUGAGCUCCAAUAA